AUAAUAAUAAUAUUUCUCUGUUGUUUGUUCUGAGAAUGGCGACACUCAUUGGCGGUGUAUAGCUUCAAUGAAAACGAAAUUCAGAAGAUUAUGGUGACACAAGAUCUCUACGUAUUCUUUCUUAGCUUUACAUUUAUUCUAUUCUAUUCUAUUCUAUUCUAACUCAUCCGAUCUUAACAAUUCAAUUCAAUUCAAUGUUUUCUUAUAAAUUAGCUCCAAAAUACUCUUGAUCCAUGUUCAUAUACGUUUAGAUCUCUGUUCUGUUGUGCUCUGUAUAUGCAAUAAUGAUUACUGAAAGUUAUUCGAAUGUGUGUCCCAUCUCCGGAAUUGUACCGGCAUUGCAAGCCGAAUAUGGGAAUACGUUAUGUUUGUUUGUUCAGGGCCAACGAAGACAAGAGAUUAUUGAUAGAGACAGACAACUCAAUCUCUAUCGGACUGGUUCAGCGCCCCCCACACUCCACGAUCCAAUCGUUUUCACUCGUUUUUCUCAUCAACAACUGACCUCUGAUCCGGCGUAUAAUUCCUACUCCAAUCUAAACAGACCUAGGCGCAUUCCUCCCUCAUUCUUGUCAAAUGAGGAUACAUCUAGUUUUCCACAGGGAAUGCAGAUAAGUACUGCUGGUGGUGGUGGAGGUAGCUCCUCGGGCGUUGGGGAGAUUGGUGAUAGGAGGAAGACGGUGGUUAGUAAUGACAGGUCUCUUUUAUCUCUCCAACCCGAGUUUAAUGAUGACAAAGAGGAGACGACAAUCGUAGAAUUGGAGAAAACUGAAACGGAUGUACAAGGAGGUGGUGGCGAUGGACUCAUCGGAUUGCCUUGGUCGGCACCAAGAACUCGUCGAAAAAGCAUAGCUGAAAUCAUUCAGGAUGAUUUUAGCCACUCAUUGUCUGAUUCCAGGAAUCCUCCUCAUUCUCGUUCUGCUAGCUUUAAUGCCUUAUAUGGCAUUCGUGAAUCUUCUGCGCCCCAUUUUGGCAAACUACAAGAGGAGUGGGCAUCAAUGGAUGCCCUUGGUGGCUCUACUUCCAGGCCAUUGGUUCGGAAUACUGUUGUUGGUGGAACUGCUGCUAAUACCUAUGCUUCUGCAUUGGGUACCUCUUUGUCAAGAAGCAAAUCUACUGACCCUUUUCUUGUUUCAUGUAUAGGCAGUACUAGUUCUAUGGAUAAAAGAAAUGUUCUUGGUUCAAACUCAUUUAAUGGUAUGCUACCUUCUAUGGAGGAAUCAGCUGACCUGUUGACUGCUAUGUCUAACAUGGCUGUAGCAUGCAAUGGAAUGCCAGAUGAAAUUAAUCAUUCUCGGUCUGUUGAUCGACAGAAUCUUCUUCACAUGAAAGUAGAUCAGUACCAUGCCAACCAAUAUCUAUAUUCAGAAGCAUUAGAAUCUCCACAAUUUCAUCCACUUGCUAAUUUGCAGUCUUCCAAACCAUUGUUUACAGAUAUUGGUCAAAUAAAUGCAACUAGAACGGAUAUGAAUGGACUUAACAGCCCUUCUACUUCCUCUGGGACAGCCUACAUGAAAGGAACCUCUAACCGAGUCCACAACAUUGCAGGAAAUUCACCAAUUCCAAAGUAUGGCUUAAAUGGGUAUACUCUAAAUCCUGCAUCACCUUCUCUUAUUGGAAAACAAGGUGGUCAUUUGCCUUCUUUAUUUAGUAGCCCUAUUGGGGACUCUGUCAUGGACCUCUCUGACGUGGAUUCUAGAUCUUUUGGUGGUAAUCUAGCUUUAGACCCCAAUUUGCUCUCUGCAGCAUCAGAAUUACAAAAUCUUAGUAGAGUUGGCAAUCGAAAUGCUUCUCUUGAAAUUCCCCCUAUAGAUCAUCCCAUGUAUCAUCCGUACAUGAAGUCAAAUGACUAUUGUGUCCCAGAAGCUGCAAUGAUGAAUGACCCGAUGAUGGAUACCGAUGCUUAUACUACUAACCUAGUGGACUUUCAGAGAGCUUAUCUUAGCUCCUUUCCUUCACCUAAAAAGUCACAAUAUGGCUCUACAUAUGUUAAGUCUGGAAAUCAUAAAUACUAUGGAAGCCAGAUUUUCAAUCUUGAUAUGCAUCUUGGAAGUCCAUUGGUUGACGACCCCUAUCUUCCAAACUGUGCAAUUGGGUCAGGGAAUCCAGUCAAGUAUGGUGAAAGGAGGAACCGGCAUUUUCCUUCUGUAAUGAGGAACCUUGAUGGAGGUGCAUUGGGAACAUGGCGGCUAGAAGGGUGUGGUAACUUGGAUGAGCAUUUUUCUUCUUCAUUACUAGAUGACUUUAAGAGCAAUAAAAUUAAGUGCUUUGAGCUUUCAGAAAUUGCUGGUCAUGUUGUUCAAUUUAGUGCGGAUCAGUACGGUAGUCGGUUUAUUCAGCAGAAGCUUGAAACUGCCACAUUGGAUGAGAAAAACAUGGUUUUCCACGAGAUUAUGACUCAACCUCUUUCAUUAGUAACAGACGUGUUUGGAAAUUACGUUAUCCAAAAGUUUUUUGAGCAUGGAACACCAUCUCAGAUAAGAGAACUUGCUGAAGAUCUUACUGGGAAUGUUCUAACUCUGAGCCUUCAAAUGUAUGGCUGUCGUGUAAUCCAGAAGGCGGUAGAAGUUGUUGAAUUGGAUCAACAGACUAAAUUGGUUAAUGAGCUUGAGGGUCAUGUCCUGCGAUGUGUUCGUGAUCAGAAUGGAAAUCAUGUUAUUCAGAAGUGCAUUGAAUGCAUACCUCAGGAAGCUAUUCACUUUAUUGUCUCUGUAUUUUAUGAUCAAGUUGUUACACUGUCCAAGCAUCCUUAUGGUUGUCGGGUUAUACAGAGAGUUUUGGAGCACUGUACUGACCCUAAAACCCAACGUAUAAUGAUGGAGGAGAUUUUAAAAUCUGUUUGCUUGUUGGCACAUGAUCAGUAUGGGAAUUAUGUGGUUCAGCACGUGCUGGAACAUGGAAGGCCUGAGGAGCGUUCUGCAAUAAUAAACAAACUAAUUGGACAGAUAGUUCAAAUGAGUCAGCAGAAAUUUGCAUCCAAUGUUGUGGAGAAGUGCUUGACUUUUGGAAUGUUGACAGAGCGUCAGAUCCUUGUGGAUGAAAUUCUUGGAUCUACCGAAGAAAGCGAGUCUCUACAGGUGAUGAUGAAAGAUCAGUAUGCAAAUUAUGUUGUUCAGAAAGUCUUGGAAACUUGUGAUGACGAGCAUCUUGAACUGAUCCUUAACAAAAUAAAGAUUCAUUUGACUGCUCUAAAGAAAUACACUUACGGAAAACACAUAUUUGCUCGUGUAGAGAAGCUUGUUGCAGCUGGAGAAAAAAGGAUCGGAGUGAUCUCUUCAUACUCUGGAUAGCAUUUGCAUUUGGUGUACAACUGACUGAGGCUUAGCAAUGGGUGCUGGAUUUUUGGUGCAUUCUUCCAUGUCUUUUGACACUAGCUAGUUAUUGCUCUAAGUUAGUAAUAUUAAUAUUUAUAUGUGGGGGCCCCGGGGUGAGGACUCGAAUCAUGAUCCUAAGGACAUGAGUUCAUGUGUUCCACCACUGAACUAUGAGUUCAGUUAUUCAAUGGGAGCUUAUCUGAAAAUUAAUAAAGGAAAAGGAGUGUUGGUUAGUAGAUUUUACUUAUUUUGUAGUUGGGGAAUGGGGCUGGCUUAUUAUCUCCAUAAA